AUGCUAAGUUGGUGUGAGAUGGCGCUAUCUAUCUCAGCUAUCCGAAUCUUUAUGGAGCAUCAGUCUGUCCUGUCAUUCUUGUCAGCUGAGGUUCUCGUCCUGACAAAGAACUUUGAAGAACUCACGGUCCUCGACGAAUCCCCCGUUUUCCCCGUGUGGCCCAGUCCGCCCCGUGUGGAGCAGCUCGGAGUUGGCCGAGGCAGGGCGCAAUUGAAGAUUCGGAUCAAGCAUGUGCUUCAUCAACACGGAUAG